AUGAGUGCGGCGUUGCUCCGGAGUCGUCCGGGCGGCCCCGCGCUGAGAUCAAUUGGAUCGCUGUCGGCUCCAAUUCAAGCUUCAAGGGCUUCUAUUCGAAGCGCAAACUUUGGGUCUCGCUCGUUACAUACCUCUCAACGGCGACCGGUCCCCCAAUGGCGAGCCGUUGUACCAAGGGUCUUGACACCGAUCCGAUGUCAAACCGAAGCUGCAGCCAAGAAGACCGAACCUGCGCGCCGAUCCACCGUCCUCAAUGCGCUCUAUAAGUCGUUCGCCUACUGUGGAUUCUUCAUCAUCAGCAGCGGCGCAAUCGUGGUAGCAUUUUUCAUCUACGACGCCAGCACAUACCGCGAAUCGCCGAGCGCCGUAGACAUCCCCGUAUCAGAACUAGCCCUCAACCCACGCCGCGGAGGACCGAAGAACCUGCCCAUUGCCGAUGUACUCGUCAGCGACUAUGACUCGGACUCCAUGCUGGAGCAGAAGGACAAACCUCGUCUGGUGAUCCUCGGCACGGGCUGGGGUAGCAUUGCACUGCUCAAGAACCUCAACCCCGGCGACUACCAUGUCACCGUCGUGUCCCCGACUAAUUACUUUCUGUUUACCCCCAUGUUGCCCUCGGCUACGGUUGGUACGCUGGGCUUGCGGUCGUUGGUGGAACCUGUUCGGCGCAUCAUCGAGCGAGUUCGUGGUCACUUCCUGAAGGCGUCGGCGACGGAUGUGGAUUUCUCGCAGAAGUUGGUGGAGAUCUCUCAGGUGGACCAGGAUGGCCGUAGGAAGAACUUUUAUCUUCCGUAUGACAAGCUCGUUGUUGGUGUUGGCUGCGUGACGAAUCCGCAUGGCGUGAAAGGUCUCGAGAACUGCAACUUCUUGAAAACCAUUGACGAUGCGCGCCAGAUCAAAAACAAGGUGUUGGAGAACAUGGAACUGGCCUGUUUGCCCACCACCAAUGACGAGGAACGCAAGCGCCUGUUGUCUUUUGUGGUCUGCGGUGGUGGUCCCACUGGUGUGGAGUUUGCCGCGGAAUUGUUCGAUCUUCUCAACGAGGAUUUGCUCCAUUCUUUCCCUCGAAUUGUCCGGAAUGAGAUCUCGGUUCACAUCAUCCAGAGCCGAACUCAUAUCUUGAACACUUACGAUGAGGCGUUGUCCAAAUACGCCGAGGGUCGUUUUGCCCGCGAUGGUGUCGAGGUGCUGACCAACGCGCGUGUCAAGGAGGUGCAGAAGGAUAAAGUCCUGUUCACCCAGGUAGAGAAUGGCAAGACUGUGUCUAAGGAAGUGCCCACUGCCUUCUGUCUGUGGUCAACUGGCGUGUCUCGGGCGGAAAUAUCCGAGACACUGUCGGACAAACUCGAGGGACAGAACAACAAACAUGCAUUGGAAACCGACUCGCAUCUCCGCGUGAUCGGCGCUCCGUUAGGUGACGUCUACGCCAUUGGAGACUGCUCAACGGUGCAGAACAACGUCGCCGAAAACAUCAUCAGGUUCCUGCGCACGAUCGCCUGGGAGAAAGGCAGCGACCCCGAAAAGGUGCACCUGACCUUCUCGGAAUGGCGCGACGUCGCCAACCGAGUCAAGAAGCGCUUCCCCCAAGCCUCCAACCACCUCCGCCGCCUGGAUCGCCUCUUCGAGCAGUACGACAAGGACCACUCAGGCACCCUGGACUACGGCGAGCUCUCCGAGCUGCUGCACCAGAUCGACACCAAGCUCACCUCCUUGCCGGCCACCGCCCAGCGCGCCAACCAGCAGGGCGUGUACCUGGGCCGCAAGCUAACCAAGAUCGCGGCCGCCCUGCCCGGGCUGCGCGCCAACGAGAUCGACUACGGUGACCUUGAUGAGGCGGUCUACAAGGCCUUCAAGUAUAAGCAUCUCGGCAGCCUGGCGUAUAUCAGCAAUGCUGCUAUUUUCGACUUUGGUGGCAUGAGUUUCAGUGGUGGUGUCAUUGCCAUGUAUCUUUGGCGUAGUAUUUACUUUGCUGAGAGUGUCAGCUUCCGCACUCGCUGUAUGCUGGCUAUGGACUGGGCUAAGAGGGCGCUUUUUGGAAGAGGUCUGUUUCUACCCCCUCCCUCUUUAUCCUACCCAUUAUCCUAUCCCUCCUUGCUUCAGUCGAUUUUGCUAAUACCUAUAUGA